UGACCCCUAGCCCAGGAGAUAAGCUUACCCUCCUAGGACUGGCCUGCACUUCCAGGGCCACGGCAACUGAGACAAGUUGACCUGCGGCGUUGAUCUGCCCGGCCUACUUGAAGAUGGAUCACAUGUCUCCCAGGCUGAGAGCCUUCCUCUCUGAACCCAUUGGAGAAAAGGAUGUUGCCUGGGUGGAUGGGAUCAGCCGUGAGCUUGCAAUCAAUUUGGUCACCAAAGGUUUCAACAAGGCCUACAUCCUCUUGGGACAGUUCCUUCUGAUGCAUAAGAACGAAGCAGAGUUCCAGAAGUGGCUUAUCUGUUGCUGCGGCGCGACCGAGUGUGAGGCCCAGGAGAGUUCUCACUGUCUGAAGGAGUGGUGCUCCUGCUUCCUCUAGACACACACCUCCUUGCUCUGACGCUUGGGUAAAUGGCACACUCUGUACUGGCACCCAGGCUUGGGGUCAUUAUUUUUGUGUUUAACUGGAAGGCUACACGUUCAUUAUACAAAGUAGUUCACAAAUAUAAAAGAGGACAGGCAAAAGACAACGGGCCCCCAAAUUUCCAACCCGGAAACAACUGUCACUCACCUCCCAUGAAUAGCAUGCCAACCAU